AUGCAAAGAAAUUCCGAAGUAAGCAAUUCCCGUGUUUUGGAUAACUUACGCAAUAAUCCCUCACUGGCGGGAAUUUUCGAUAAUAAAGCAUUGGUCGAAAGACUUAGUAGACCUUCGGUACUUAAUGCUGCUCAACGUGCUGGAACUGCCACACGAGGAAAUUUUAUCACAACAUAUCCACGUUUAGCUGCUGCUCGAACACGUAACGCACCACCAUUAAAACCAAUUGAUUAUAAAGUUAAACAGAUUGUGGAGGAACGACCAAUCCCACCGCCUCUUUUCAUCCCGAGAGGAAGACAUACCCGUAUUCGAUUUACAGGUGCCACUGAAAAGGAAAUUCCCGGAGCAGGGGGGCGUUUUGUGAUUCCAUCACUAGAUCCAACAUUACCUGCUCUUAAUACUGCCAUAUAUACGCAAGGAAAGCAGAGAGAUGAAUACAACUCAGUCAUGAAGUUACCUAAUGAAUGGAGAGGCGGUGACACCUUUGGAAUGCAUACAAAAACUCGAAGUGAACGCUUAAUCGGAGGAAAUGGAGUAGUUGAUACACCUGCGCUUGGCAAAUAUGCAAACAUUGGAUAA